AUUAGUCCAUUCGCCUCUUGAUUGGUCUUUGCGCGUAAAAUCUAUAAUCGGGCGUCGCGAUGUCCGUGAAAUACGCGCGUACACGUAACCACUCGAGCAGUAACCACUGAUUAUACCGUUGGGGUAAGGUUUCCACGUUGGGUCGAACGUCAAAACAGAGAAGGAGAAAGAUGCGCGAAUGAGAAAACAGCUGUUGCACGAUCCUCCGUGUACGAUACACAAAAAUAUCGGAUCUCCUAUGUCGAGGAUGUAGUAAAACGAACAACGCGCCGAAUUAAUUAUUUUUGUCGUGAUGCCGCCGAGUCGUUUGGACGCCGUUUACCGGAGUGUAUUGCUCACCAAGUUCUUCACGAAGGGCUGGGGCAACCCACAAAAUCUAAAAAGAAUUUUUGAAUUCAGGAAAGUCAUUGCGAAUCGAGAAGCAUGCUACAAUAUGAUACCACUCGACUAUCCAAUAGAGAUAACAAAAGAUGAAGUAUGGUCGGAUUGUCAUAUAAUCGAAGGUCACUUUGAAUCACCUUUUGAAAAACAUCUCCCAGGGAUAAUGCCAGAUAAGACUAAAUUGGCUUAUUUUCAAGUGAUUUUACCAACCAAAUGGAGGUCUCAUAAAAUAAAGCCAAUUUGUUUACAUUUGGCAGGAACAGGAGAUCAUUUUUUUUGGCGACGUAGAAAUCUUAUCGCAAAACCACUACUCAAGGAAUCUGGGAUAGGAUCGAUAUUGUUGGAAAAUCCAUUUUAUGGUCUGAGAAAGCCACAUAAUCAAAUACGUUCCAGUUUGCAUAAUGUAUGUGAUAUUUUUAUUAUGGGAGGCUGCCUGAUAAUGGAAUCAAUUGUUUUGUUAAAUUGGUGCGAACAGCAAGGAUUAGGUCCAUUAGGUCUCACUGGAUUGUCAAUGGGUGGUCAUAUGGCUUCUUUAGCAGCUACCAAUUGGCCGAAACCGAUAUCGUUGGUACCUUGCUUAUCGUGGUCUACUGCUUCACCAGUAUUUACAGAGGGUGUAAUGAGUGCAUCGAUAAAUUGGGCACUUUUGGAAACACAAUAUUUUUCGGAUGAGAUUUACCAGAAUGAUCUCGCAAAAAUGGUGAAAAUUAUUGAUCAAGAUGAUGCUUUUUUGGCUGGUCAACAUUUUGCAAAACAUUAUCCUGCAAGCAUGAAGAGAGUCGAUAAAUUAAGUAAAGAAUCUAAUGAAAGCUAUAAAGACAAUAAAACUGCAAAUGAUACAAAAAAUGGUACAAAUUCUAUUAAUAAUAAUAACGGCAAUAAUAUUUCUGCUAAAUGUGAAUCCAAAAAUGAGAGCAAUCAAUUGCAGCAUCAAAUUGCGGAAGAAAAUGCAGCUGCCAAAAUAUUUCCAUUAAAUUUGAUUUCCAACAAAUUUAAACCAAAGGAUCCCAAUGCCCUCAAAGGAGUUUGCUUAUUGCCAGUGUCGAAGCAUCCACUGUUUUCAGACAACAAGUGGCGCGAACACGAAGCGUUGCAAUUUAUGCGCGGUAUAAUGGACGAAUGUACACAUUUGAAAAACUUUGAAACACCUGUCGACACCGAAUUGAUUAUUGCUGUUUGCGCCCGAGACGAUGCUUAUGUCCCACGAGAUCAUUGCAUGAGCCUCGAAAAGAUAUGGCCAAGAGCUGAGAUUCGUUACAUCGAUGCUGGCCACGUUAGUGCUUAUCUUCUUCAUCAGAAAGUCUUUAGAUCUACGAUAGCUGAAUCUAUCCAACGAUCUUUGAAGAAGUAUCCCAUCGAGACAAGUUGACUUUGCAACAUUAAUCGAUGCACAUUGUUUAGAGAAUCGUAUUUUAUAAAUUUAACUAAGAAUAUUUUUUCUAACUGUUGUGAUUGAAUUUGUCCACUUUUAAGGACUGCCAUAUGCACAUAUGUAAACUAUUUUUGGAUAGGUGCAGAUAGCACACUCUGCAACUAAAAGUACAAUUAUUUCAGUCAAUUUAAUCGAGUGUAGUAUAAUUGAUGUCCUUGUCAUUAGAUUACACUGAAAAAGAUAUUUGCCAAUAAAAUGUUCCUAUAUGAGAAAUAAUACUUGUGGCAUAUAUUUUUUAUGCAACUAAUUGUAUGUUUAUAUAGUUUUGUACCCAAUCGUAAUGAAAUACAUUGUUUUGAUGUUUUCAAAUCA